UAUUUUUUUAACUUCAAAUUCUCUCUGUUAAGUAGUCAAAGUUUGGAACUUGAACACCAUCAAAUUCAUCAAUCUUACUCCAAGUUGUCUAAAUCUCUCUCCCAUUCUAUCUCUAUAAUAACCAAUCUCUAUUCACCAACAACUUAGUUCAUACAUAUAUAAAUUAGAACUCUGUCACAGAACCUCAAAUAAAAAACAUGAAGUUGUUCGGGUGGAUGCAGAACAAGCGAAAUGCGAAAUAUGAGAAUCAUAACAGAACAAGCACUUCCUCUGCUUCAUCUCAUCAUGUGAAGCAAGAGCCAAGAGAGGAGUUUAGCGACUGGCCUCACGCGCUGCUAGCUAUUGGAACUUUUGGUUCAACAAGCAACGGUGUAAGUGACACCAAAAGCAAGAAUGUUCAUGAAGAGAUCGAAGAGGAGCAGGAGUCUAUCCCGCAACCCGAGCAAGAAGAAGAGUCUUCUUCCUCUGAUGACACUGAGGAUUUUACUCCAGAGGAGGUGGGGAAGUUGCAGAAGGAGUUGAUAAAGCUCUUGUCAAGAACCAAGAAAAGGAAGUCUGAUGUCAAUAGAGAGCUCAUGAAAAAUCUUCCUUUGGAUAGAUUCUUGAACUGUCCAUCGAGUUUAGAGAUCGAGAGGCGAAUCAGCAAUGCGCUAUGCGCUGUUGUGGAUUCAUCUGAAGAGAAUAAGGACGAAGAUAUGGAGAGAACAAUUAACACUAUAUUAGGUAGAUGCAAAGAGAUAUCUAAAGAAAAUAAGAAUAAAAAGAAGACAGACAUAAGCAAGACGUCUGUCUCAUAUCUUUUUAAGAAGAUCUUUGUUUGUUCAAAUGGAUUUUCUACAUCCCCAAACCCUAGCUUGAGAGACACGCUUCAAGAAUCUAGAAUGGAGAAGUUGUUGAAGAUGAUGCUACAUAAGAAAAUUAACUCUCAAGCCUCCUCAAAGCCAACAUCAUCUACAACAAAGAGAUACUUGCAAGACAAGAAACAACUCUCUUUGAAGAGUGAAGAAGAAGAAGAAACAAACGAGAGAAGAAGCAGUAGUGAGGGGCAUAAAUGGGUCAAAACAGAUUCUGACUUCAUAGUUCUUGAGAUCUGAUCGUACUUCAAACUCUUGCAAUAACCUACCAACAACAAAGAUUCAAACUCUUGUCGAGAAGAUUCGAAAGAAAUAAUGAAACGAUUCUCUUGUUUGGGAGGUUUUUUUAAUGCAUCAUGUAGUGUAUACCUUCUCUCUUUUUUUGCAUGAUUUGUUUUGUGUGCCAUGGGUCCAUUGAACCAAACAUGUUCUUGAGACAUACAUACAUGUGUUUAAGAAUGCAUGUACACACGCACAUGUGCCUAUGUGAUCAUUUGUAUCAUUUGUGUAAUUUUGAGGUGGAUAACCUUAACUUAUAAAAAUUAAUACCGCUUCUUCAUUAUAACAUUCUUUCUGCAUUUGAUUUAGUUAUUUGUAAAAGACGGGUAAG